CAAUCGCUUAUUUAUUGUCCCCAUCUUCUCUUCAAAGACUUCGCCAUUCGUCUUCCACCUUUAGUUUUCUUAUCACAGACUUCACCGUCACCAUAAAUCAAGAAACCUUCGCUUCUUGGAACUUCGAGCAAACACGAUUCAUCAAUGUCUACGCCAAGAUUGGAGGGCAAGGUAGCAAUUGUGACCGGCGCAGCAAGCGGAAUCGGCGAAGAAGCAGUGAGACUGUUUGUUUCACACGGCGCAUUCGUCGUCGCUGCCGAUGUUCAAGACGAACUGGGUCUUCAACUGGUGGCGUCAAUAGGUCUUGAACGCGUCAGCUACCACCACUGCGACGUCAGCGACGAGAAACAAGUGGAGGAGACGGUGAAUUACGCAUUAUCAAAACAUGGAAAGCUCGAUAUACUGUUCAGCAAUGCUGGAAUCAUGGGCCCGUUGACUGGAAUUCUGGACCUUGACAUGGAAGGAUUCGACAACACAAUGGCCACCAACGUUCGAGGGGCCGCGGCGACAAUCAAACACGCGGCUCGUGCCAUGGUGGGUAAGAAAAUCCGAGGAUCUAUUAUUUGUACUGCGAGUGUUUCGUCUUCGAUGGGAGGUACUGGACCACAUGCGUAUACCGCAUCGAAGCAUGCUCUGCUGGGUCUGGUUCGGACGGCUUGCAGUGAACUGGGGGUGCAUGGGAUUAGAGUGAAUUGCAUUUCUCCAUUUGGGAUCGCGACGCCAUUGUCGUGCAGGGCGUAUAAUAUGGAGCCGAGUGACGUUGAAGCGAGUAUUAGCGCUGUGGCUAAUUUGAAGGGGAUUGUUUUGAAGGCCAGGCAUGUCGCAGAGGCUGCUCUGUUUCUUGCUUCGGAUGAAUCUGCUUACAUUAGUGGCCAUAAUUUGGCGGUUGAUGGUGGCUAUACAGCGGUUAGUCAUAGCUAUUCGACAAUCUAAAAGCAGUAACCUUACGCAUUGCAGUGUUUUUUUUGUCCGUCCUAGACAUAUCAAAUAUUGAGAUGAACGCACAAUAAUAUUUAAUAUGUAUAAUAAGUGUUCAUCCGAGAUACAUGGAACAAAAAAAAUACUCUAUCCUUUCGAUCUAAAAGUGUUGAUUUUGUUCAUAGUUUGGGCAAAAUGAUCAAUAAUAAGUUAUUUAAUGUUGAAGAAGAAGCUUUGGGACCCAGCAAUGGCAUGUGCAUUUUCCUUGUAAUUUGUGAAAUGAUAUGUUUUUAAAGUAACCUACUCCGCAAUACUUGGCACAACUAAAGAA